AUGGCUCCCCCAUCUCAUGCCUACUCGCGGCCCAAGGUUCUGCGCUUGGGAAUUAUCGAGAGUGCUCACGAUGCCUGGGCCCAGGUCGAAGAGAUUGCGGAAAUUGUCGCGCCGGUAGCAUUACCUCGCUGCGGAAAGGAGAGUGGCGUGGCAAGAGGCUGCCCGCCCUCGGUCACGACCCCCCAGGGAAAGGUCCUCGGUAUCCUUGGCAUGGGCGGCAUUGGUCGCAACAUGGCCCGCAAGGCCCGCGUCUUUGGCAUGCAGAUCCAGUAUCACAACCGCAAACCCAUUGCCCCUGAACUGGAGGCGGAGUGUGAGGCCCGGUACGUCAAUUUUGACGAGCUACUAAAGACGAGCGACGUCAUCAGUCUCAAUCUGCGUCUGAAUGACAAUACUAGACACAUCAUCUCGACCCCGCAGUUUGAUAUUAUGAAGAAAGGGGUGGUCAUUGUCAACACAGCGCGAGGUGCCGUCAUCGACGAAAACGCGCUCGUCGCCGCUCUUGACGAGGGUCAUGUUGCCUCGGCCGGCCUCGACGUCUACGAAAACGAGCCGCAAGUUCACGAGGGUCUCCUUGCCAACCCCAACGUGCUGAUAGUUCCACACAUGGGCACGUGGACUGAAGAGACACAGACCAAGAUGGAGGAGUGGACCAUAUCCAAUGUUGUGUCGGCCAUCGAACGAGGGGAGCUGCGCAGCAUAGUACCAGAGCAGAAGAUCCCCGUCGCUGGACCCUAG